AUGGGCAACUGCCAGGCGGCCGAGGCGGCAGAGGUCAUCGUCCAGCACCCCGGUGGCAAGGUGGAGCGCCUCUACUGGCCCACCCCCGCCGCCGAGGUCAUGAAGACCAACCCCGGCCACUACGUAGCGCUCGUCAUCCUCCGCUUCUCCCCCGGCGACAAGGCGGCCGCCGCGGCCGCGGGGGACGAGGCCACGGCGGCGGCCGCCGUCGGUGGCGCGGGCGUCGCCGCCAAGACCACCCGGGUCAAGCUCCUCGAGCCCAAGGACGUGCUCCACCUCGGCCAGGUCUACCGCCUCAUAACGGCAGAAAAGGUGACCAAGGCGCUGCGGGCGAGGAAGAACGACAAGAUGCGGCAGUGCGAGGCCAUCAAGCAGCAGCACGACCAGCUCCGGCGCGGCGACGGGCCGGAGCAGGGCGCCUCUGACAAGGUCAGUCGGGGGGAGAAGGACCAGCACCGGGGCUCCGGUGGCGCGCAGCCGGCCGGGAGCGGCAAGGGCCAGCACUGGCGGCUGUCCCUGCAGAGCAUCUCCGAAGCCGCGGCGGGCCAGAGCAGCAGCAGCAUCUCUGAAACCACUGUGAGCUAA